CCCGCUUCCCCUGAGCGAACCUUUAGAACUCUGAGACAGACAAUAUUCUGUUACAUUGUAGCAAAAUGGCGACUGUCAUUCACAACCCCCUGAAAGCGCUCGGGGACCAGUUCUACAAGGAGGCCAUCGAGCACUGCCGCAGCUACAACUCGCGGCUGUGCGCCGAGCGCAGCGUGCGGCUGCCCUUCCUGGACUCGCAGACGGGCGUGGCGCAGAACAACUGCUACAUCUGGAUGGAGAAGAGGCACCGCGGCCCGGGCCUCGCUCCGGGCCAGCUGUACACAUACCCUGCGCGCUGCUGGCGAAAGAAGAGGAGAUUGCACCCGCCUGAGGACCCAAAGCUGCGGCUGCUGGAAAUCAAACCUGAAGUAGAGCUGCCCCUGAAGAAGGAUGGCUUCACCUCAGAGAGCACCACGCUGGAAGCCUUGCUCAGGGGCGAGGGGGUUGAGAAGAAGGUGGACACCAGAGAGGAGGAGAGCAUCCAGGAAAUACAGGGGGUCUUGGAAAAUGAUGAGAAUGUAGAAGAAGGAAACGAAGAAGAGGAUUUAGAAGAGGAUAUUCCUAAGCGGAAGAACAGGACCCGAGGACGGGCUCGUGGCUCUGCAGGUGGCAGGAGGAGGCAUGACCCCGCCUCUCAGGAAGACCACGACAAACCUUACGUCUGUGACAUCUGUGGCAAGCGCUACAAGAACCGACCAGGACUCAGCUACCACUACGCUCACACUCAUCUGGCCAGCGAGGAGGGGGAUGAAGCUCAAGACCAGGAGACCCGGUCCCCACCCAACCACAGAAAUGAGAACCACAGACCCCAGAAAGGUCCAGAUGGGACAGUCAUUCCUAAUAACUACUGUGACUUCUGCCUGGGAGGCUCCAACAUGAACAAGAAGAGCGGGCGGCCUGAGGAGCUGGUGUCCUGUGCAGACUGUGGACGCUCUGGUCACCCGACCUGCCUGCAGUUCACCCUGAACAUGACUGAGGCUGUCAAGACCUACAAGUGGCAGUGCAUAGAGUGCAAAUCCUGCAUCCUCUGUGGGACCUCGGAGAAUGAUGACCAGCUCCUCUUCUGUGAUGACUGUGACCGUGGCUACCACAUGUACUGUCUAAAUCCCCCUGUGGCUGAGCCCCCAGAAGGAAGCUGGAGCUGCCACUUGUGCUGGGAACUGCUCAAAGAAAAAGCCUCGGCCUUCGGCUGCCAAGCCUAGGGCCCCGGGUCGCCGCAGGUGACUUGCUGCUGGAGAGGUGGAACCAGAGCCCAGUUCAAAGCUGAUUGAGCCCCUUACUCCCUUGUAUCCAGACAGACCGACUGUGAGGAAAGCCAGUGACCAGAAGGCGUGACGCGGGGAACCAAGAGGGCGAGGUGUCUGCGUGGCUCCCACACACAGGUCUCCGCACGCCAGCCCACCCCACCUUGUUUCAACCCGAAGGAUCUCGCACGUUUGGAGAACAGCCCAGCCCUGCCGAGCCCUCUCCCGUUUACCCAGCACUGCCGCCCUCUCGCUGGUUCCCACCGUCCGUUAUUUGUGUGUAGUCCGCUGUUUUCUAUCUAUUGCCUUCUAAGAAGUCUUCUCCCAGCCCCCUGCCUCCCCUGUAGGCUGUUCACCCUGAAGCCAGGGGAGGAGCCAAGGGCUGUGAGGAAGCCUCUCUGGAAACUUCUAGAUCCAGAGCCUGGAGGCUGUCUUGACAGUGAAAGCCCCUCCUUGUUCCUUGUCUCUGUGAAGAGAAGAGCUGCCUUCUGAGCCGGGCAGAUGCCAGUGGCAUCACAGCCAGGGUGGUCUCUGCAAGGGGCUGGGGAGGGAGGUGGAGGCCCUGGGGUUGGGGGAGGGGGGAGGGAGGAGACAUUCUGAAGACCGUCGUGAGGCCCUGCAACAGCCAAGAAGUAUUUGCUACCCAUCGGGAGCGCUCUGCUGUGCGGUUCCUUCACCCUCAGAACUGGGUUAUCCUUGAGGUGAGACAAGCCACAGCCGCUGGCAGAGAAAGAUGCUAAGCUCUGCCUCCCAACCCGCCGGGUCUGGAGCUACCCCUGCAGGUGGGGGGUGGAGGGUGGAGGGUGGGGGUGGGGAUGGGGCAGGCGGCUCAAGAUCCAGGAAGGCGAGUGAAGAAGCCUACACCGUUGAAAAAUCUAAAUGUUGGUAAAAAGGACAGCGCCUUCGAGAAUUCAAUUCAGUUCUUCAGUAUUGAUGUGACACUACGCAUUCCCUUUCCCAAGUGGUUCUUCCUUCCGCCAAGUGUGUGUCUGCCCUUGUCUCCUGAGGCCGGACUCUGGAAAUUUCAGGACUGGGGAGAGAUGCCGUUACCUAGACAAAUAACCGAGGUGAUGGGAUUGGUCAUAACCAAGGUGGUGGCCAUGCAGAGCCCUCAGCUCGAGGGCUGCUUUUCUCUCCUAAGCUCCCAGUACCGACUGGGCGCCUUUUUAUUUUUAUUUUUUUUUAAUGGAUCAAGAAGAAAGAGCCUCAGAUUUCGAGAAGCCUGUGUUGGAAGGACACCCUGUAGGUUUGCGCGGAUCGGGCUGCCUUUGAGUCUCACAGGCAGUGGCCACAGCAGCAGCCGAGCACAGUUGACAGGCUUCUAGGGGAAAAUCAUUUGCCCAAAGGGCAGGUUUCACUGAGCGGGACCCUCGCGCAUGCUCGACUCCCCUGAAGUCGGCUCCGUUUCUGUGGCCCGCUGCUUACAACAAAGGCCGAGUUAUUUUUAGCCCUUCGGCCUCUGCAGAAGCCCCUGGAGACCUGCAGAAGGGCGAAGUGGGCCACGUCCACCUGCUGCGGAGCUCAUCCUGCGAUGUGGCAAUGCUCUUGGCCAGUGGACCCAGGCAGCCUGUUGGUCUCCCUCAGUUCUUUGCACCUGGGGCUAGAGGUAGGGGUGACUCUCCUGCAGGGAGGGGCCUGUGGCCUUGGAGGGAGUUACUUGCAUGUGCCAUGAUCUCAUUUAAAGGGCCCUGUCCAGGUGGGAUUCCAUCUUUCCCAGGAGGUGAGCCUGUUUGGGGAAGCUGCUGUGUUGUCACAUCAUUUGUUCAUUUGAGGGUAAUAUCUCUUUUCCCGACAGCUCUGGCUCUCUAUGGCCCCACUCCCCUUCCCCCAGCCUAAAGUGGGGUGUCCUCCAAGGCCGAUGAUUGGUUUUGAAAAUAACUACAAGUUCAUUUUAGAAAAAAAGUUACCAAAAUUGUUCCCAAGUGCUACAAUGGCCUAAAUGUUAAGAAAGCAAAUCUGAAAUGAAAAACUGUGGCCCUACUACUUGGUGGGUCCUCCUUGGAGUAUUGGCAAGUCCACUUCCACUUUAUCACAGACAAUGGGGGAGUCCUGUCCUAUCUCCAGCCAUGCCUGCUGCCCGCAGGAGCUGUGAGGGUGGGAGUGAGUCUUGCCAUCAAGGAGGGUGCUGUUCCUGCCACAGUGAUGGGUGCUCAGGGCUCUGGAAUGGACCUCAGGAGGGCCCAGAUCCCUUCCCGGUUUCCCUCCCUACAGGAUCGGCCCAGCCCCUUCCUCUUUGGAGAGCAGUUUCCCCAUCGGGAAAGGGAUUGGCAAAGCCAGCAGUGGGACGGCACUUUCGGGGCUCUCAAGCAAACACAGUCACAUCUGUCACCUUCUGGAUUGAAAAAGGAAGGUGAUGGUAAACUUCAUAUUGGCCUUUCUUUGAACCCCAGAGAAUGAGCCAGAAUCAUAGGGUGCGCAUGGAUAACUAAGGUUUUCAUUUUGCCUCUGGCAUGGAGUAGCCGGGUGACCCUGGGCAAGUCACUCAACAUCUCUGAACCUGAGUGUGCCCACUUGUGAAAUGGUGAUGGUAAUGCUGGCCCUGUCUAGUCCAGAGACACGGGGAGACCUAAAAAAGCAUAAUGUUACAUAAAUUACCACGGAGAGCAGUGCUUGUGCGGGAGGGACUUCAGAUAAUUUCUGUGCCCCCUUUCUAGGGUGAGUUAGCCAAGGUUAGACACCUCCUUAGGAUCUCCAUUUUGACCAAAGGGGGCUUCUGCGCUAAGGGCCGUGCUGCCUGUGGUCCUGGCCACUAGCCCAAAGCUGCGACAAAGGAAACGGUGACUGUGUGUGGUGGGAGAUGGGGGUUUGCCCUGGGGUAGGGGACUUCAGGAUGACGUCACAGGAGAUACUCCCUUCUACAAGACCAGUGCUGCCCAGGCAGGGAGCCAGCUUCUGGAGAGGACGGAGGUGCAGUUCAGUGGAACAUUCACCGAAACUUUUUGGUUGACAGCCUAGCUCCGCUACUUUCUAGCUGGGGGACACUGGGGAAAUGUCUUGCCCUCUUUGAGCCUCUUUCUCCACAUCCGUGAGGUGGGAGAUGCGGCCGCUCCAGCAGGGCUGUUAGCGGGAUCAGGGGGACGCUGGUGAUGCUGGCACGAAGGUCCCACACCACAGUAGCUCUGGUCCUGGUGGACGGAGGCCACCACGUGGAGAUAACCAUACUGUCCACUCCCAGCUCUGCUCGGUGGAACAGCCAGGGGGCCUUUGUUCCACUCUGAUGUGGCUCCAGCCAAGCAGGGAGGAGGUGAGGCUGCAGGAUCUAAGCCGGAAGUCGAAGCCCUCUGUUUCCUGUAGGUGUUUUUGAAACACGGCUUGUUGGGCCUGCAGAGAAGGCUGUGCGAGCCACGUUGAGAGGAAACAGAGACAAGGCCCCGGCUAGGAAACGUACAUGCUAGCUCUUCUCUGCUCCCCACGGACUCGGUGCAGGCACCUCAGGCAGGAGCCGCAGGUCCCGGGCUCCCCUGUUCCUGUCAUCGCCCCGGGCAGGUAGGAAGCCCAGGCAGGCAGCCAGGCAGCCGGGAGAGGCCCUUCUCCCCCAGGCUCAGCUCCGGGUGACUGGGUGACUGAACCAGCGAGGAAGUGGGUGGGUGGGUGAGUGGGAGGGAAGCCAGAUUCCUUCCGAGCUGGGGAAGAUAACAGGCUUUAGGCAGGGAGGGGAGGAGGGGGGCGGGGUUAGGGUUUCAUAGUGAUGUUCAUGAUACACUCCUGUGCAUUUUAGUCUUUGUGCUUCAGAGUGCCAUUCCUUUUGCCCCUCCCCUUAAGACGUUGAGCUAGCUAUUAAGGAAGGAAAAGGAGACGGCUAUUACUACUUUUCCAAGAAGGGCAAGUUUAGGGGACAGACCUGUGCUCUUCUGUGUCUUGAAGAAAGAUUACUGGCCACCUCAGGCCUUGGGGCUCGGCGAAGUGGGUCCCUGUGUGGGGUGGGGAGCCCCGAGGACCACCUUCCCUGCCCACAAGCUGCUUCUCAGCCUCCCUUCCUCUCUCACUCCCUGACCCCCAGCCCUCCCCGCUGCCCACUCCAGGCCCCUCCUCAGAGCAUCCCAUGGGCAAUGAGGAUGGGCCAGAGCCCUGCUCCCCCCAGGGAAGAUG